GGACCCCUUGCUGACCCGCUGCGGGCGCAGGUUCGAGGAGCUCACCAACCUGAUCAAGACGAUCCGCAACGCCAUGAAGAUCCGGGACGUAACCAAGUGCCUGGAGGAGUUCGAGCUGCUGGGCAAGGCCUACGGCAAGGCCAAGAGCAUCGUGGACAAGGAGGGCGUCCCCCGCUUCUACGUGCGCAUCCUGGCCGACCUGGAGCAGUACCUCAACGAGCUGUGGGAGGACAAGGAGGGCAAGAAGAAGAUGAACAAGAACAACGCCAAGGCCCUGAGCACCCUGCGGCAGAAGAUCCGCAAGUACAACCGGGACUACGAGAGCCAGAUCAGCAGCUACAGACAGAACCCCGAGCAGUCGGCGGACGAGGACGAGGAGAGGAAGAGCGACGACUCGGAAGGCUCCUCUUCCUCGGAGGACGACGAUGAUGGCGAGGGCAUGAGUGCGGCCGCCUUCCUGAAGAAGAAGGAGCCCUCGGGCGACUCACGCAGCAAGUUCCUCAAGAAGAUGGAGGUGAGGGCGCUCCCUGGCGUGCGUGGGGGGGGUGGCAUUGCCCAUGUGUGGCAGUUCCCAGCAUGCCCUGGGGGGGGUGGUACCACCACCCUGCCCCUAUGUGUCCCUCCGGAGAUGUGGAAGAAGUGCCUGGAGAGCAUCGACGAGCUGCUGGACAUGCUCUUCGCCAACCCCAACAUCUUCAUCGGGGAGAACAUCCUGGAGGAGUCGGAGAACCUGUCCAACUUCGAGCAGCCCCUGCGGGUGCGCGGCUGCAUCCUGACGCUGGUGGAGCGCAUGGACGAGGAGUUCACCAAGAUCAUGCAGAACACGGACCCGCACUCCCAGGAGUACGUGGAUCACCUGAAGGACGAGGGGCGGGUGUGCGGGAUCAUCGGGCGGGUGCAGAGCUACCUGCAGGAGAAGGGCACGACGGAGGAGAUCUGCCGCGGGUACCUGCGCCGGGUGCUGCACACCUACUACAAGUUCGACUACAAGGCGCAUCAGCGGGAGCAGGGCCCCGCCGGCGACUCCAAGAUCCUGUACAACCGCACCAUGGUGCAGGGGCCGGGGUGUGUGUGCGGGGCGUGGGGCGGGGCGGUGGGGGCAGGCCGUGGGGCGGGGUGGGGGCAGGCCGUGGGGCGGCGCGGGGCGGUGGGGGGCAGGCCGUGGGGCGGCGCGGGCCGGCUCUCACCCCUCUCCCCGCAGAUCCUGUACAACCGCACCAUGGUGCAGCUGGGGAUCUGCGCCUUCCGGCAGGGGAUGACGAAGGACGCGCACAACGCGCUGCUGGACAUCCAGUCGUCCGGCCGCGCCAAGGAGCUGCUGGGGCAGGGGCUGCUGAUGCGCAGCCUGCAGGAGCGCAACCAGGAGCAGGAGAAGAUCGAGAAGCGGCGCCAGGUCCCCUUCCACAUGCACAUCAACCUGGAGCUGCUGGAGUGCGUCUACCUGGUGUCGGCCAUGCUGCUCGAGAUCCCCUACAUGGCCGCCCACGAGUUCGACGCCCGGCGCCGCAUGAUCAGCAAACAGUUCCACCACCAGCUGCGCGUGGGCGAGCGCCAGCCCCUGCUGGGCCCCCCCGAGUCGAUGCGGGAGCACGUGGUGGCGGCGUCCAAGGCCAUGAAGAUGGGCGACUGGCGAACCUGCCACCGCUUCAUCAUCAACGAGAAGAUGAACGGGAAGGUCUGGGACCUGUUCCCCGAGGCCGACAAAGUGCGAACCAUGCUGGUCCGGAAAAUCCAGGAGGAGUCGCUGCGCACCUACCUCUUCACCUACAGCAGCGUCUAUGACUCCAUCAGCAUGGAGAUCCUGUCGGACAUGUUCCAGCUGGACCUGCCCACCGUGCACAGCAUCAUCAGCAAGAUGAUCAUCAACGAGGAGCUCAUGGCCUCGCUGGACCAGCCCACGCAGACAGUGGUGAUGCACCGCACGGAGCCGACCGCCCUGCAGAACAUGGCCCUGCAGCUGGCCGAGAAACUGGGCAACCUGGUGGAGAACAACGAGCGCGUCUUCGACCACAAGCAGGGCACCUACGGCGGGUACUUCCGCGACCAGAAAGACGGCUACCGCAAGAACGAGGGCGGCUACAUGCGCCGGGGCGGCUACCGCCAGCAGGAGCGACAGGCCAACUACUGAGCGCCCGGACGCCUGGGUCCUCGCCGGGGGGUGGGGGUGAGGGGGGGCGGCACGCGCUGUAUUGGAGUUGGAAUAAACAGCGUGAGCGGGA